AUGGAUUUCCAGGAUAAGCUGAACUUGAUGGCCACUUUCUUCGAGUCGCAGCACGAUCGCCUGCAAAAGGUCUUGUGGAGGUUGGAGCAGAGGCUCCCAUUCCUACCAGGGCUGCUGGAGCACCCUGGCGUGUACUGCGAUGGCUGUGGUGCUACGCCUCUACUCGGCCCUCGCUUCAAGUGCCUUUCCUGUCCUGACUAUGAUCUAUGUGGUGUAUGCUAUGCAAACAGGUUGCAUCUACAUGGCGGCGACUGUGACACGCACGACUUCACAUGCAACUUGUCAGAGGCCACGCACCCUCUGCACGUGAAGCUCAUGGCUCGUGCGUUGAAGCAAACAGGGCCUUUAGCCUUUGUCCUGGGCAUGUUCGGAUUGGACGGCAAGAAUGCGAAAGCUGGCAAGGGAAACGCGAAGGGGAAGCAUGAGGUCUCAGGGACGGGUCCAGUCGACCAAAGCUGUGACAGAAGCGCCGGUCACCGUGUGGAUCUCGCGGUUCAAGGCAGCUUCUUUAAUUUGGGUGGCAGACCCUCGGACAACAAUGCUGCAGAAAGUGGUGCAAAGAUCAAGCGUUGUGCAACAGAAGGUUGCCAGUACCAGGCCCACAAGGGCGACUACUGCUGCGGGGCAUGUGCCAAGGGCAAGCGUUGUGGACAUGGCACACGCUGCCAGCGUGCCCUCUUCGACGGUGAGCUAGCUACAGAAAGUUUGGGCUGUCAGGAGGGCGGCAAGCGUUGCGCCACUCCGGGUUGCCAGUACCAGCCAACUUGGCAUGCAGAGUACUGCUGCAAGGUCUGUGCUAAGGGCAAAGGUAACCAUGGCCCGAAUUGCGAAAAGGUAGUAGCAACAUGCAGCGACAGCAGCGAAGAUACAGAGAGCAAGGCCGUGAAAAUGAGGCGCUGUGCCACAGACGGUUGCCAGUACCAG